CUUCUGGACUUAAAACUGAUCUCUAGCUUUGGAGUAAAAAUAACCAACACCCCAAAUGCUGUUUCUGUCUCCACAGUGAACAUAGACAUGGCGUUAAUGCCGGCAUCUGCAAGAAGACUAGUGGAAGCUUGUCACAUUGCUACAUCUUCAGAUAACACACAUUUUGCAGUUGUCUGGCUGGGAGUAGAAGUCACCUGGGCCACUCUUGGGAUCUUUGGGAUGGGCAGCAUUGGGUAUAACUUAGCGAAGAGAGCAAAAGCUUUUGACAUGAACAUCCUUUGUCACAACAGGAAUCACAGAAAAGAGGAAGAAGAACAGGCAAUUGGUGCCACUUAUUGUAAAAACAUAGAAGACUUGCUCCAGAAGUCUGAUGUGAUGUUGGUUGUGAAUCUGACAUCUGAGACACACAAGCUCAUUGGGAAAAGGGAGCUGCAGCUGAUGAAACCCAUGGCUACUCUCAUCAACAUCUGCAGAGGCGCAGUAGUUGAUCAAGAUGCCUUGGUAGAAGCGCUCCAAAAUGGAGUUAUUAAGGCUGCAGCUUUAGAUGUGGCUGACCCUGAACCAUUGCCAAGGGAUCACCUCUUAUUGCUACUGAAAAAUGUUAUUAUAACUCCUCACAUUGGAACUGCAACUGUACAAGCCCUGCUCAUGAUGACAGAAGAAGGAGUGGGAAAUAUACACACUGUUCUCAAUGACCUCCCCAGUGAAGUGAUCACCAAAUAG